GGAGUCAAGCUUAUGCACGUGAGCUUCCGGAGUCUCCCCACUUGCUUGCUGUGCGCGUGAACUCCGCACGUCCCCGAGGUCCUUUUUGGAUGCUCGCAAGGCCCGGAGGUAACCAAUAUGAUUCUGAGAAUAUGCAUCUAAAAGACCAUAUAGCCGAUGAUUUAAACGAAAUUGCUCCGAAUAAUAAACUUGCAGUCUUAAAUGAG